AUGAAUAGAUACGACCUGCAAGACAUUGAGGACGUGUUUAAGUUCUUGGACAUGGAUAAUGAAGGUGUAAUAACGAGGAAUGAAGCAUUGGUGGGUUUGGCCGCGCUGGACUGUACAGUUAGCUUGAGUGAGGUUGCGGCUUAUGUUGAGUGUGGUGAUCCUGAGCCGGCGGUAACACGUCGAGUGUUUGAGAAUUUGGCGCGACAGUACAUGCCGCCGUCUCAGUCGAAGGAAAACAUUGUACGUGCUUUCCGAUUACUGGAUGACGGGAACAAGGGCUACAUAACAGCAGAAGACAUUGCGCGCAAAGUCAACGAACUUGGUUGCCAAAACAUUGGCGAUGAUGACAUUAUACGAAUGGUUGCGAGAGCUGUGGAAGAGGGGACCGUAGUUACGGAGGACGCAUUUGUUCAAGUCAUCAGUCAAAGCUUUAGCUACUGGGAGAGGGGGGACAAAGGUUUUUAA